AUGUUCUCAUUUUGUGUUUGCAUUUUUAACAGGCACCUAUUGGCAUUCAUUUUUAUUCCUGUCAUCCAAAAAGAAAUGAAUAUCUUUAGGGAAACUGUGUGGAAUUCACACAGAGUGAGAAGCCAAAAGGAUGCUGCUGUUCUAAAAGGGAUACCGUAUCAUCUCUAUUCAUUUCCUGGGCAAUAUAAUGCAGAUGAGUGUGGUAUCGCUUGAUAUUAUUACAUAUGCAUAUUUCCUUCUUUUGUUCAAGUACUAAUUUGUUAAGAUUGCUCUCCAAGUUGUUUGCAUAAAGAUUAAGGGCUGGUUACUUAAACAGAGUUUAAAUGGUGUUUAACAAAACCACAUUCUAAAGGCCAUUCAAAUUCGGCUAACCCUCACAUCUAAUCCUCAUUUUCUGUUUAGAGCAUCGAGAGGGCUUACAAUCCAGACUAAAAAUCCAUUUAUGUACUUAACCUGAGUACCUUAAACCAGGAUGUAAGUUAGACCUUCUUUAAAUAACCAGCUCUAAUAGUUUUAACCAUCAACAUUGCAUUUCAAAAUAGAGAGGGACUCAAUACGUACAUGAAGGUCUUAAGACAGAUCAGCAAGUUUAUUGGUUUACUUUGUACAGGUUUCUUAUUUUGUAUACCGUAGGUUUGCAAGUCACCCAAGAAGCUCUGGAUGAGGUUGCUACAUUAUCGGGUGUCACGUCAGUUGGGGAUGAUUACUUGCCAAGUCGUGUGAGAGAGGAAUGUGAACGAAUUGUUCCAAACAUAGAUGGGGUAAAGCCAGCUGAGGCAGCAGAUGCAUAUCUCUUCUUAAAGGCACAGUACAGAGAGCCAACAUCAUGA